AUGCUGAAGAAAAACAGGAGCCCCUCCUCCAGGAGAGCUGAAAUCCAGCAUCUGCAUCAAGUCUACGCCUGCGGACAGACCACUCUGCCUGCCUGCGGCCUCCUCAGGUUCCUCCACAAAGAACAGAUGGAGCUCACAGCCAACGAGGAGGUGGUGGAGAGUUUGAUUGAUAGAUAUGAGAUUGAAGAGACGGGUAAGUAAAGGGAAAACUCAUACAACACAUGAGGCUGUUGCACCGAUCAUUACCACAAACUUUGUCACGUUAUUGUCAUUGUUUAGCGAUAGCUGAAGAUAAAGCCCCGGAGGCGCCUAGCUGACAAAAUGAAGAGCUGUCAUCCCAGAGGUUGAAACAACAGAAGGGAAAUGAAAGUGGAAGGCAGUUGGUGUUUGAGUCGUAACUUGAGCUGCAGGCUACUUUACAGCAGCAAAACAUAAAAAAUGAAAACCUUCAAGGAUGUGCUGACGUAAAGGUGGGGUAGGCAGGAAUCCCUUAAAGAAGCAUCUUUUUAUGGUGUAUAUACAAAAAAGCUUUUAAUAUCAGUCAAUAGCUAUUAGUCAUUGAUGACAUUUGGGAAUAUAACGAUAUCGCUGUUUUGUUAUAUCUGUGUGGUCAACAUUUUAUUUUUUUGAGCGGCCCGCUCUUUCUGACUGUAAACAAAGCCGUUCUCUGCCUGCCCAACCUGAUUGGUUGUGAGGCAGACGCUUCACGUCCUCGAAUAACAUUCACGAACCCAAACAGAGUUAGCGUGCUACGAUAUAACACAGUAGAAAGCAACCAGAAAGCACAGAAAAUUGUCUGAAUCCUCCUUUGGCCACGACUGCCAACACAUGCGAGGAAACAAAGAAAAUACUGGAGACUCUGGCGGAAUAACAGACGCUUUAGCAACAGCAUCCCAUUAGCAACAUCAACAACAUAAUACAGUUUUUUAACAGCAGGUAGUGUAACUUUUCUAAGUGGACAAGGAUAACACUAGUAAUGGUGGCUCACUUAAAGUGUUGUGUCUGUGAUAUUGGUUUCAGUCGUGAAUUUUAGGAUUUAACUUGUUUAUGUCUUUAGAGUGUUUUUGCAGCAUUAUACCACAGACUGUCUGAAAUACGGUCAUAGUUUCAGUGACAAUCACUUAUUGGUUUCUUGACCCAAGAAUUCUGGGCUUAAUCUAACUUUUGGUCAACUUAGAAAAGUUCAAACAUGCACACCUGUCAGUCAUCUAAAGCCCGCCCCUAAUCAGGCACAUUUAUGUUUAACUCCAUAGUUAUGAAUUACCAAAAGUUUAAUCCCACCAUGAAGUAUUUAUGAACAAAUAGAUGAGCUUUUUUGCUUUUAUGAAUAACUCAGGAUUUUUUUGGCAGUGAUCAUCUUUCCCUUUGAGCGAGCUUUAACACCUGCCUCUAAAUAAGUUGGAAAGUUCACACACUCUUCUUUGUAAGAGUUUUUUAAGAAGUAGGUCUUACUGGGUCCUCAUGAUACCAAGUAAAUAAAAACAGCAAAUCCAUGCAUAUGGUUUGGAAUCUGUUUGCAAAAUCUGUGCAAAGGCUAAUAUUCUGUGGGUACGGACCUGGGCUCUGGGGGAUUUUGUGUGGACUGAUUUCUGCUUCACUGGAAUAGAUUUGGAGCUGGUCCACGUGGACUUGCUCAUGAAUGUCUUGGUUAAUAAAUCAUUAUGGGAGGCUCCUUGGGGUCUCAUUGAUUUAGGCAAAAAAAGGAUAAGGGAACUGCUGCUGUAAAAUUGAAGUUAGCUGGCCCUGUUGGGUAACUGUGCUCAUGUCAGUAAAUGUUAUUUCUGAACAUAUUUUCACUGAUAUUGAAAAAUCUAAGCCUGCCAAGGCUGAACAUAAUGUGCCACUUUUUUAGCACUAAUGAGAGCAAAUUUAAUUAAUGUGAGGAUGCUAAUGAAGAUGUAAAACAUUGUUACAUGCCUGUAUGCACAUCAUUAAACCUGCCAUGACACGCUGGCUCGAUCGUAGUAUUUAACUCUAUAAGUUAUGUCAUGUGUCUCUCAAGCACAGCUUUUAAUCACUUAGAUAUGCUACCAUUUAAAAACGAGGAGAAUCUUUUACCUGAGGUGGUCGGUGUCAUGCAACCCCUUUUUAGGAAGUUUUAUUUUUUGUGCUUGGUGGCAGAACUAACACUGAUUUCGUCUCACAUUUGCCUCUCCUCUUUUAGCCAGAGAGAGCAGGUCCAUGACAUUUGAAGGAUUCUUGAGGUACAUGGAGUCCAAAGACUGCUGCGUGUUUAACCAGGCUCACGCACGUGUGUACCAAGACAUGGACCAGCCCCUCACCAACUACUUCAUCUCCUCCUCACAUAAUACCUACCUGACUGGAGAUCAGCUGGUGGGAAAAAGCCACCUGGACGCCUAUAUUUGGUAUGAUUGUUUUGUGUUAUAACUUUAUUACAGCACUAAAAGCUCCUGUAAGGAGUUUUCUGAGGAACAUGAAAUAGACUUAAAUUCUCAGACAGGCCUUUGUAUGAUAUAUAAAAGAUAACAAGAUGAUCAGAAACUAGAUUGGUGAUUUUUAAAUAAUUAUUUCAAUUGCCUAAAACUUAUGUGGAAGGGUAGGUGUCAGCCAAGCAGCCGGAGAAACAGUCCUGGUUUUAUAUUUUUCACAUAAAAUAUUCAUAAAAAUUGAAAAAUUUGACAGAAGUCAGAAUGAUGAGAUUUCUUUAUGUCAGGAGAUAGCUUGGAGAAAAUAUAAGCAAAGACUUUUUUGUCCAGAGGGGGCACCAGGAUUGACAUAAAUGGAAAGUUCCUCACAGGAGCUUUAAGCAAUUCCUGUUACCUACACCUCUAGAAAACUGAACAGGCAUGUUUGGGUCACAAUUUGCGAGCUGGACAACAAUGUGUCUGCUGGAUCAUAAUUUCUAUUUUUGGCAUUUUACAAUCUAGAAACAGGUGAUAAGACUAGUUGAAGCACCAUUUAGCCCCCAUAGAAAUCUAAAAGGACUCUCAAUACUCUCUUCUCACUGGAGUCUCUCCUCGAGACCUACAUGUGUGUUAUCUGCAUAUUCUCCUCUCCUCUCAUGUCAAUGGCCCACUCAUGUGCUGAGACAGACAAUGAAAUUGCUGUUGCCCUUUCAUGAGGUAAUGGAGGUGAUUACAAAAGGGGCUGAUGGCAGCAGAAGUGCUGUAUUUAUGGUCCCUGUGAAAGUGCUGAGAGCUCUGGUGGCCUGGUAGAGUGGAAACCUCCAAACCAGCGGCCUGGAAGCCCUAUUUACGACAAUAACAGAAUCAACUCAAGAGGGUGAGGUGGUGGGAAAAGACGGCAGCUUUUGAAAAUUUAACCUCCUCACAGGCCAGCAAGAAAGGAAAAGAGAACGACCAAGUGAGAGCUAGGGGAAAAAGGAGGCAAAUAAAGAUGCACUCUGACUAAACAGGAUUCAACACUGACCAUUCAAAUAUUCUAGCUGUAAUUUUUCAGAAUUUAUUUAAGCAUAAAAUGAUCACCAGAUGGACGGAACACCUACUAGUAACCUACAGUGCUUACGUAUAUAAUUCCUGGUUGAUAUCGUCUCAGGGCCUGUUUCCACCAACAGCAUUUUGUUUGCACUUGCAGCAUCUAUGUUCUGUACAAAACAAUUAAAGUUCAGUGUUUUCAGUGCUCAGCCCCCUAAGUGUAAAAUCCCCCUUAGUAUCAGCUGUUUUGGUUGUUGUACUCACAACACGCUCAGUUAGAACAUCAUUGCAUUCACAGCCCUCAUCAAUCUCAGCCCAGCAUCCAUGACUAACAAAUCAAAAAUCAGUGAGGAUUCUGUUGCAACUUCUGCUGGCAGAAACUUACUGCCCUUGUUUCUUCAAGCGUACAAUUUCUAGGUCAAGAGCUGCUGCUAAUGCUACAGCGGUCAUUGAGAGUGAUGCUGAUUUCUCAGUUAUUUCCAUCAAAUAUUCAUUCUAAAAAGUCCUUGAAUAAAAGCUAAUUAAAAGCAUACAGAGAAUUUUAAUUAUACUUCAUGGUCACUAUGAAGGGGACGUAUUUUGAAACCUAGUGACUGUAAACCCUGAAAAGUGACCUGAAAUUAAACUCAUGAUGCUGUCUGUGCUUAAGUGUCUUUGGUGGACAUAGGCCCUUAAAGGGAUAUUCCAGCGUAAAAUUUGUUUAGGGUCAAACACACCGUAACACCGAGUUAAAAACUCCCUCUAGAAAUGAAUGUUGUCGACCGCUUGCUUCUCUAGUUAUACCAACUUUACUAACGACCACAUGAUAGCAAUACACAGCAGUCUGAGGAGCCAUAAACAAACCUCAACCAAAACGCCACUCUACAGCAUGCUGUGCUGUGCACAGUGCUGUGGCUAGGACCCUUUAUGUCCUGUUGAUGAAGUUAGGUGCUGUUAUGAGCAUUAUUUGUGGCUAUAGAGUGUUUUUUUGGUUGAGGUUUGUUUAUGGCUCCUUAGACCGCUGUGUAUUGCUAUCCUGCUAUCGUUACUAAAGUUGGUUUAACUAGAGAAGCAAGCGGUCGGCAACAUUCAUCUCUCAAGCAGGUGUCUAACUCUGUGUUACGGUGUGUUUGACCCUAAAUUAAUUGUACGCCGGAAUAUCCCUUUACAGUGUAGAUAUGCAAAAAAGGUCCAUGGAGCAACUAGCCUGGCUUCUUCAGUAAUUAGGCACAUCUUUUCUUUUGUAAUGAAAGCUGAAAACUGUGGUAAUAAGAAAUGCAGCGUAUGUUUAAGUUUUUUUAACACGGUAAGUGAGGCUCAUAUUUGUGUUUGUUCAUUUGAAUCUAAAACAGCCAUAAACUUUCAUUUAAAUUAUUCACAUUUAUUGAUAAACAAGAUUUGUCACAGGCGUUAAAGUAGUAGUAAUGGUUUGAUACAUGGUAAGUCGACCUGAAGUGAUUCAUGAAGUUAGCAGCAUAAUUUUUGCUUCAAGAUUUCAUUUCUAGUUUCUCACACUGGUCUUUAUGAGUGCUUGUUAUAGCCCUGCCUCAACCCAGUGGGUGUGCAUGUGUCUCCCUGCGCGCGUGUGUGUGUGUGUGCAUGUGUGCAUGUGUGUGCGCGUGUUUGUUUGUUUGUGUGACACAGUGCUUUAAGGAAAGGCUGUCGCUGUCUGGAGAUCGACUGCUGGGAUGGGCCAGACAUGGAGCCUGUAGUCUACCAUGGUUACACCCUGACAACCAAGAUACUCUUUAAGGAUGUCAUCACCACUGUGGAGCAACAUGCCUUUGAGGUAACAGUGUACAGAUAUGACACACAGAUAUGUACAUGACAUAUGUUCAUGUAUAUCCUGAAGCGCGGCCCUUAGCUUCUCUUUCUGUUUUCACUACUGUCUCUGAAAUACUGCAGGAUUCACACUCAGCCGCAUUUGCUCUAAUUAAUAUAAUCUCUCAUAGUAAUACUCUGCUUGCUAGAUGUCUUUGAGGAAAUUCUCUGUGAUGUGUCUGGAUUAUUUAGAGCUCACAGAGGGAAGAAAAUCCAGGUUGACGCUAAUUGUAACAAAUAUGGGCUGAAUCAUCAUCUUUCACUGAUGUUAUUAUUAUUUCUUUAAAGGUGUCUGCCUACCCGGUAAUCCUGUCACUAGAGAACCAUUGUUCCCAGGAGCAGCAGGAGGUCAUGGCCCAGUACCUCAUCUCCAUCCUGGGGGACAAGCUGCUGAAAGCCCCCUUGGACCACCUAAUCAAUAGAGAUCUCCCGAGCCCAAAUGUAAGUCUCAAGGAAGAGUGAGCUGGGAUUUUAGAGGCAGAACCUGUGUUUGGUGUCAGAUCUGUUAGCGAUGAUCGUGACUGUUUGAGUAAAUCAUCAUCGUCUGCCUCAGCAAAGUUAAACUAGGAGAGAAAAAGACUCUCUCUGGCCUCAUUAGUCUUCCUCUGAGACUCGGUGUAUCUCUCACCUCCACUGCAGAAGACGGACGUGCCAGCCUCUUAAACCUCUCUGGGGUUCAAAGAGUCUAAUGUGAUGUGGUCGAUUCUGAGAAGUGUCCGUCUUUCCGAGCACACCGAGGCACUUGAGCUGAUUUUUCGAUUAGAUUAUCUUCUUUUAGGUGUGACUUCUCCUCUGAAAGUGUUUGCCUUACCCCAUGACUGUGUGGCUGGCCCUGAAAGACACCGCAACAAUCAUUCUGAUCUACUGAAUAUGAUGAGGAGGAUGAAGGUUUUUUUCUCUCUCUCUAUGUAGAUGAAUGUGCAGAGUUUCUCUGCUGCUUCUGCUUUGGGAGUCAGUGCAGAAGCAAGUAGUGAUUUAUCUCCAGAGGGUGCAUAUAAGAUUCUUCAUCUCCCAUCCUUUUUCAUCUUCAUAAGUUAGGAAGGGUUGGCUUAGUUAGGAGCCUCAGUGCUACUGGUUUUAUCUUCUUUGUGAAGCCCCUACAAUCAAGCAGCUUCAUGCACAAGUUACUAUCAAAUUAUGGAAGUGAAAUCCAAAUCUAAUUCUCACAGCUGUUUGUUCCUUUGUCUGACCGCUUAGAAUAAAGGUUUGCCAAUUCUUAAAAACUGCAAGAGGGAUUGAGAAUCCAAUUUUCCCCCUCUAUUAUGCUGUGUUAUUGUAGGAUUGGAAGUGAGCUACACUUAAUUAGCAAGUUAUUACUCUCUUUUACUCUAUUUCUAUCACAAACAAGACCAAAAGUCUCCUCAAGAACCCCCACAUGUCCUAAAUUACAUCAACACGAUAAAGGGCCUGUGUUUCAGCUGUGCAGACUGUGUUAUUUGGUGUAACUGUAGGGAAGAAUGAAUGAGUGCAGCUCUGAAGAGUAUAAUUUUCAGACUGUAUAGUCUCUUACAGCUUGUUAAUGUUGGCAGAACUGUAAUUAUUUUGCAUAUUUUGCCUCUGCUAAUGCUACGAUACUGACAGGGCGACUUCUCAUCAUGUGGCUUACUGUGGAGUCACAUCCAAGUUGAGAUCAUGAUGGUUUUUUUUCACUGCCUUAAACAUAUUGCUGCUCAUCUGCCUGAAGAGAAAUGAAGAGUAGAAACAGAGGGUGAGAUGUAGCAGCAGAUGUGUGACUUGACACCGCUUUUUCAAAUGAGUGAAGGCUUUUCUGGAGAGAUGUUGACAUGGAGAAACACUUUUAAAAUCACUGUUAACAAAUCAGACAGGUAUAGUUUUUUUCUUUUUUAUGUGUGCUCUAAGUUUGGAGCGAGAGGAAUCAAGUUUACUAGACCGGCGCAGCUGUGUGAUGGUUUUAUGAAUUCUAAAUCUGCUUUUUGUCAAAUGUAACCUCGUACUGAUUGUGUUUCUGUCUGGGUUGAAGGACCUGCAGUAUAAAAUCCUCAUCAAGAAUAAAAAGCUAAAGCAUAAAACAGAAGCAGCUGCAGGGACAGAGGCAGAGGAGAGUGUAGAUGAGGGUGAGGAGGAGGAGGAGGAUGAGGAGGAGGAGGAGGAGGACGCGUGCAAUCAAACCAAAGCAAGGUUCUGGUCUCCAAGAAAGGCAGGGUCAAAAGUGAAAGUAAGUCAGAUAGAAAAACAGCCACAUGUUCGCACGAGAAAAUCCUCCACAAAUAAGACAGAAGGGUGAAGUGUCAGUGUUUUUCUGCUACUUUUUCUCUCCCGAUGUAAUGAGUAGAAGAAGACGGUGGUGGUGGCCAAGGCUUUAUCUGACCUGGUCAUUUACACCGGGUCUGUAAAGUUCGUCAGCUUCUGUUACUCCAGGGACAAUCAAAACUACUACGAGAACACGUCCAUGGCAGAGAAGAAAGCACGCAAGCUAGCCAAAACUUCAGGUAUGGAGAAGACAAAGAGAGGCUUAGUUUUAAAGCUACAAAAGAUGUGUGUAAUUAAUUGCAAAUACCACAAAAUGUUAUAAUGGUGAGCCAGAGUAUUCACAGGAUUCGGAGUAGGCUGAUGGGAGAACUCUUGCAGGAAAGAAAAGCAACCAGGUUUUGUGCCAUAAACCUCCUUAAUGGCCAAGACACAGUAUAUUGAACAUGACAUGUACUUCACAAGGGAAUACUUUCAGGGAGUAGUACAGCUUAACAAUGCAGACCCAGUAAUGUGCCAAUUAUCACUUGGGGAGGGUAAAAGACACCACAGAGGCUGGAAACAAAUGAUAGUCGGUUAAAGUGUCACUUUGCCGCUGUGCUGCAGUAUGUCGGAGAAACCGAGAAAGCAGAGGGAGCAGAGAAAUGAAAUCUGCUCCAGCUGUGGAGGAGUGAGUGACACUCUGCAGAUACACAGCUACAUUACGAUCUGGUUGGCAGAAACUGUGAGCUGUCUGCAUAAUGCUGAGCUGUAAAAGACUUCAAUAGUUUCUUGUCAAGCCCUGCAGGGAUGCUACACAGCGUCAGUACAAUCACUCACAAGCGAAAAAGCCGCGAGUCACUUUUUGUCUACUCAGAAGUAGAUUUGUUACGCAGAACAAAUGGUUUCCAUCAAUGCUUUCAGACAGUCUCUUUUAAUGACGGUAAAUUGGUCAAAAAGAUCUGUUCUGAGACAACUGUGAUCAGUCACCGAGCCAUAAUGACCGAGUCUGUUUGUUUAAUCAGGAUACGAAGCAUUUGUUGUGUACCAAGGGCAUCUGCGAAGUCUGAAUCAGUAGAUUUUAUCAUCGAUGAUGAGUGUGUCGAGUAAUCUCUCUUGCAGGGGCAGAUUAUGUGAAGCACAACCAGAAGUUCCUCAGCAGGAUUUACCCAGCGGGCUCAAGGACAUCCUCAUCAAACUACAACCCUCAGGAGUUUUGGAACGUGGGCUCACAGCUCGGUGAGUUGCAGAGAACAAGUUCAGCCUGUCCAAACUGGUACAGAGACUUUGUGUGAAUGCAUAAAGUAAGCAGUAAAAGUGCCAAUCCACAUGCACAUGUUCCACACAUAUCUUCACUGAGACACUAAAGUUCACUUAACAACAAUGAUGACAUAUUGUUGAACCAUAGCCAAUAUGGCUGGGAGUCACUAGUGGCCCCAUGAUCUGAUGUUAUCACGAUAGAUUGGGCCUAGAUACAAUAUUAUUGUGAUUUUUAACAUUUUGGAAUACAGUAAUAUUGCGAUACAAUAUAUUGCGAUUUAUACAAUUUUUUCAACUGUUUAGCUAAUCUAGCAUUUGUCUUUUAUUUACGUUUGUCUUAUUUAAGGUAUUUUAUUCUCAUGUAGCACAUCUUGCAAACCUUAUAAUUGUUUUACUAACUUUCUCCUGCUCUAUGAUGUCACCUCUGCCAACGUCACUAAACAAUCAGUCGAUUUCAUUUUCCAAUUAUCAUAGAUUUGACUUUACGUUAGCAAUUAAUUCGAAAAAAUUUAUGCUUGGUAAGUGAGACGAUAAGAUAUAUCACCAGAGAAAAUAUCGCGAUACUAUGCUGUAUUGAAUUUUUCUCCCAUCCCGAGUAACCAAUUUAUAUUGCAGCAAAACAACACUAAUUGAUGGUAAAGACAUGAAUCCCAUCUUAUUCUAUCCUAUUAUCAUCCUAACCCUAACCAUAUUGCAUCAUAAUGUACUGUUUUGCCAUCGAUAAUAUCAUAUAUGGUAUUGUAUCUUAUAAAUUAAAAGAUUAAUCUGUCAACAGCUGUGUAUUUGUUUAUACACUUCCAUAGAUGAUUAAAAAUGAAUUAAAAACUUACAGGGUAUAUUAGUAAGUUGUUUGAUCCUUUGAUUCUAACUAAAUGUUUCUGUGAAGACUCUGGAGCAAUCUUGUAAACUGUAUUUCUAUUUUAGUUUAGGUUAAAACCGUAUAAAACUUCUUUAAAAAAGGAAGAGAGGAACAGGACUUCUUCUUUGAACUCUUUGUGACAAAAGGAUUCAAAAAGUUCUGCACACACUCAUAAAAACCACUAGAAUCCAUUUCACAGUUUUUUUACACACAGAGUAAUCCACCAGCAGUCUGAAGACCGAAGUUGUCUAACUUCAAAGAGAACAACCUGGAUGACUGUCCUGUCGAUUAGCAGAGUAAAAGAAACAUUUCAUCCCAGUCCACAGCCUGACUGCCUCAUCUGUUCUUUCCCCCCUGAGGGAAGUCCUCUCUGGGACCUUUUCAUGAGUUUUUUAAAACUGAAUUGCACUUUCAAAAAUGUGCUUUCUCCUCUACCUUACACCUUUUAUAUGGGCCACAACUACAUUUUUGUUGUGCGGUCAUUGUUCUCUGAAGUCAAGCAUGAGCAUUAAGUUACUUAAACCUGUGCUGCUUGUUGUGAAAUUUGAACAAAUUAUUUUUGAGAUGCUGUCAAACCAUGUGACAAAAUGAAACGAUCCAUUAACCCAAAGUUACAACCCUGAUCUAUCUGGUUCUAUCCGGCUCUGCUCGUCUUUACACAUCCGCUCUCAUCUGCCUCCAUUGUCACUAAGUCCUGCUAAAUACUGAGCAGGCUGACGUGGUGCCUCAGCAGCAGAUGUGCAGAUGGUGGGCAGCACAUAUGCAGGCAACCGCAGCACUGAGGAGCAGCCUGGAAGGAUCAAUUACAGCUAGAUGAGCCAGUGACAUUCGCUGAACAAGAGUGUGACAAAAGCAAGAAAGUGUUUGCAAUCUGCUGGGGAGGGUAAAAUUUAAAAUGCAUUUUUGCACAUUUAUCUGUGUAACAGCAGAGACACAAAUGUCUCCAGUUUAACCCUACAGACACCGAACUCUAACCUUAAAGCAGGGUUUUAUCUGCUGCUUUCUAAUCUCACAGUUGGUCCCAAAUGUUUAGCCCUUGACGACUCUAGAGACAUGGUGUACGCACAACACCGUAGAAAAAUCCCUUACAGAUGCUCUCCUUGCACAGUCUGUGAUUUUAAAUGUGCCCCUGAUGCAAUGUGCACUACUGUUGCAGAAACGUUUCAGGCCACUCUACUGCAGCAUGAAGAAGAGACCUGAAAACAGGAUGUGUGCAGCGAACAUGUCAUGCUGUUUUACAUCCUCACUUUUGUUCUUCUGCAGUAUUUGGGCUCUGCUGUGUGGUUCCUCUUUGACACUGUUACAAGAUUGUUUUGUUGGUGUGUUGCAGUGGCUCUCAAUUUCCAGUCAUUGGGCUUGGCCAUGGACCUUAAUGAUGGCCGUUUCCAGGACAACGGCGGCUGUGGGUAUGUCCUGAAGCCGGUGGUGCUUAUGUCCAGUCAGAAGAGCUUUGAUCCCACCUGCAGUCAGCAUGGCAUCAAACCUACACACCUGCUGCUGAAGGUACAGCCACAAAGCACUGAACGCUCAGUAAUCCACAGCAGCUGGAUUCGUGGAUUAUGGUCUAAUUCCACAAGGCUGCAUGUGUCUGUUAAAUGCACAUAAACAAGGGUCUCUGCCUCACAAUCAAGGGCUCAUAUAAUAGAGGCAAGCUCAGCCUUCAUUUGAAAUCCAGGGACACUGUGAACCAAUGAUGAUGUAAACUCCCUGAGAGGGUCUCUGUUUAAUUAGAUCAUCCCCUAAAGAAAGUUUACUAAAAGAAGGAGGGACAGGAUUGAUCUAAUACAAUGACACACUCAAUCCAAUUAAAAAAUAAUCUAUUUCCCAUUAUUUCUAGUAUGUUAGGGGCCAUAAUAGCUAACCUUUUAAUGGUGUAUAUGGAAGCAGUAUGACGGAAACGUAAUGAAGCACAAUAGAGAACAGUGACCUCAAUUAGCAUCUCUGUUGUGUGUCGGGGGGACAAAAGUUACACUCUAACUUUCUGGAGUUUAAUUACAGAGAAACAACAGUGUGGCAUGAGCGGUAAAGAAAUCUUCAGAGAUAUCUGAGACAAAGAAAAUACAUGGAGCUGCUUAAGAGAGUGCAGGGCUGUAGAGGAGGUUUAGUCAGUCUGUUUAGAGAUAAUAGAUCAGUCUAUUGAGGGGCUGGUUCACCUGAAUUACUGCAACUGACUUUUAAAGCUCCUGUAAAUAACUUUGAGUCUGUGUUGUUUUGGCAUCCCCUUCAUGUGGACAAAGCGUUACCUCUUAUCUAGUUUUGUCCUGUACACUUGUAAGCAGUGAUUUUGAAAACACUUUACUUGAUGCCUCUCUCUAUAAUGCAUUAUAAAUAUAUGUAUAAUGUGUUAUAAUCACGUUAACGCUAUAGUUAUAAACACUCAUAAAUGAUCAUAAUGCUUUAUAGCAAUAAUCAUUAUGUGUUAUAACUAUUAACAACUCAAUGACAAUGCCCACAUGGAUAAUGCACUGUACAUAUAUUUAUGAUGUGUUAUAAUUUGCUUAUAAACUUGUAUAUUAGAAACACUCAUUAAUUAUCAUAAGGCUUUAUAACAAUAAGCACAACACAUUAUGAUACUUGACCAUGUAAGUCAUGAUAAAAUGCUUUAUAAUGUGUUAUGAUUGUUGCUAUAAAGCAUUAUGAUCAUUUAUUAGUGUUUAUAACUACAGUUAUACAGUGCUAUAACAUGAUUAUAAUGCAUUUUACAUAUAUUUAUAAUGCGUUAUAGAGAUAGCAUCAAGUAAAGUGUUACUGUGAUUUUUGACAAAAAUCUCACCCUGCUUUCAUCACUGGGAACCCAAGUGCUUUAUUUACACACAUGCUCACAUUUUUAUUAAUUUAACUGUAUUUUACUUAAAUUUCUUGAAAACCUUAAUUUAUUUAAAAGAUCUUCAAAACAUCAGCUGAACUUGUUUAAUUCAAUGUGAACUUGGGUCAAGACCGUACUUUAUCUGAUUUCUACCCUGCAGCAGCAAUUUCAGACAUUAAUGUUUACAAUAUGAAACUUAUACAAUCUUAUUCCUUUUAUUUUUGUUGUUGUUUUUUGCUUUUGUGCACUCUAAAGAGACAUUGUUUUUAAUUUCAGACUACUACAUGACCAUUUAAAAAACCCUUACUAGAGCUUUAAGUAGUUGUAGUUUAAGUAGUUAUGUAUGUUUUCAACCUCUUCUGUGGGUCUUUCACUAUUUCAUCAUUUGACCCACCUUUGCAAGUGUGGCAGCUGAUUCGAAAGCAUCCUGCAACAGACUUCACAUCAUGCAAACUGUCAUUUUAGAGUACAGUCUUGCAAGCGGACAGUGAAUCUUUGCUUUGCUUUGUUGUUUUCUGACAGGAGAAUAAAGAAAAGGAAGUAGAUCUUUCUCAAACUGGUCCUCAUGAGGAUGUAUAGACUCUCACAAACUAAACUAAAGCACAUCAGACAAGGUCUCUAAUGGAGUAUGCACACACUCUGUACAUCUUCCUGCACAGCCAAUGAAAUAUAAAUGCGGUGUGCUCAGUUUUUGUCUAUGAGACCCCGGAAAAACUUUACCUUUAUUUAUUCACAUCAGCAUUCUGUAUUAUUUGAUCACUUCAAGGAAAACUCUGCGGUCUCUACUCCCAACUCAGUGGGGAUCAGAGUCAUGAGCAGCAGUCAGUGCUGUAACUGGGGUUGGGUCUGGGUUUUCAAUGGCAGAACAAUAAAUUAUUCAGAUGCUCAGGAAAACAAUAUUUCCCCUUGAGCUUUUUAUGAGACUUUUUUAGCAUAAAACUGUCAACCAUAAGAAAUGGUCCGUGUUUUAAUAGCAGAUCUUUAUGAAAUGAUGUCUCCAAACACUCAGGAGUGUUGACCACGGACUGCAUACAUGAACAUGAAGAAGGACUUUCUGCAGCUGUCUUUGGGAGGGUAAAGGGACUGUAAUUUUGGGCCGGACACCGUAGAGGUCCAUUGGUGCCAAGCAGGGCAUGUCUGAAUAAGUACAUGCAGGUUUGUCUUUGAUCAGAGUCAGGAGAGGAGAGGCUCAGUGUGAGAGGACUGCAGAUAAGCCUGCUUCUCUCUGGACCAGUGUGAUUAUACUCUGCUUUUCUUCUUUCUGCCUGUUUCCCCCUCUCCUCUGACAUCAACCCCAUCCUUAUAUACUCCGUUUGACCAUUCAUGCUUUAAUCCCUGUCUCUGUGUUUGACUACAGGUGAUCAGUGGGUCCAACCUACCUGUCCCCAAGAGUGGCAAAGCCCUGGACCCCUUUGUGAGAGUAGAAAUCCAUGGGACCCCUUCUGACUCAAAGAGGAAAAGCACACAAACUGUCAAAGGCAACUGUAAGUACAGCAAGACAAAUAAUGCUGGCAUUCUAACGUGCUUUAAGUUAAACACACCAUUUCUGUAAUCUUAGUUUAGCUCCUUAAAUUAAUUAGCACUAAAUACAAACUUCUGGUAGAGAUAAGUGGAGGAUGUUUCUGGGUUUUGCAGGUAUUAUUUGGUCAUUAAGAAAGUGUUCAGCAAGUUCAUUUGGUGUUUAUUUUUGCAGAAACUUCUGAGGAAUUUAGUAUGGUCCUUGCAAAGAGUUUUUAAAAUGAUAUCUUUGAAUUAUUCAAAUGAGAUUGGGUUAUGUGUCACUUGUAAUUGUAUCACUCAUAGUGGAGACUGAGAAACUGAGGGGACUGCAAUCUAGGCAACAAUUUUCUGCAGAGGGUGUCAAGUCUGCAAAGUAAUUUAGAGCAUUUUAAGAGACACUGACUCGAGCACUCGUCUAAAUUUGAGAGUAAACUCUAAAGAGAAGUUUUUGAUGCACUUUGCCAUCAGAAAGACUAUUUGCAGACACUACACAUGUAUGCCUACAGCGUGAUCAGCUACUCGGUUUUGUUAUGUACAAGUCACUGAUAUAUAUAUAUAUAUAUAUAUAUAUAUAUAUAUUUUUUUUUUAGGUUUGUGCCUCUCAGUUUUGCGACAUGUUAAGCACCAAAUGCAUGAGAUUAUCUGUCAAACAAUAAUAUGUGUGGCGUCUAUCUCACCUCUGUCUCAACCUUAAACUGUGUAGUUUAGCAAAGUUCACAUGUUUUGUGGACCAGGGGUUUUGCCAUAAAUGAGGGUGUUUUAUUGGUCUGGACAGAGCUGGCCCGAGGCAUAAGCUAACCAAGCAUCUGCUUAGGGCCCUGCAGCCAGUAGGGGGCCCCAAGAGCAAUCAAAAAAAUAAUAAUUAUUAAAUAUUUUUAAUUUUUUGCAUGUAUGAGUGAUGCUUUCUGCAUGAUCAAAUAUAUAUUAUUGUAAAAAUAAAAUAACCUAAAAACAUUUUAGUGCUGCUGCUGAUGUAGGCCUAUGAUUCUUACUGCCGAUAUGUCAAAGCUCCACCACUGUUAUAAGGCAUGUGCACUGAGCAUCCUGAAUGUGUUACAUUUUGAGAUUAAUCACCAUAUAUGGCAGCCUGAGCAUUAUUCAUCAGUCAUUCAUUGUUAUCAUUUGUAUGGUUGCAUUGGUAUUAUUCAUGUUAUUACCUAGGCCACCCCCUUAAAGACAUGUCAGGUGUAUUAAAUUCAUACUGUAGUAGGUGUUUGAAUGAUCAACAAUCAAUAUUAUUGGCAAAAAUAGAGGGCCCAAAAAUCAAAUUUUGCUUAACAAUAGUUAUGCAUGUAGACCUGAAGGACAAGACCAGCAUAAAGAUGAGGCAUACUACUUUGUCCACAGGGGGCGCCAAACCCUUGAAAUCUUUCUGGAGUUUUGAAUCCUAAAUUUAAUCUAUUCUAAAGUUUUAAAAAAUAUAGAAAUCAAAUAAUCAAUUCAACAUCCAAACUAAGUUUUAUGCCUGUUCAUCCAUUCUGGGUGGAAUUAGUUGGGUGACUGACUGACAGGUUGACGUUAACAUCAUAUCUCCUUUUUUCCUCUAACAACACUCACAGAUACAAAUUUAAUUGACGUCUGGAAGCAUUCCUUGUUACUGCAUACUGGCCUGAACAGCUGUGAACCUUCAAGUGAAAAUGUGAAAACCACCUAAAAUGUGACAGAGAAUUACAGUUCUCUAUGACAGCAGCAUGUCAUGGUUUCAGAUGUUUUUUUCCCCUUUUAAAUCCAUUUCUCAGUAAGCUGCUGUUCGGCUUCUGAGGAGAAAUGUGCUGAUGAGUUUCCUCAAAAUGUAGAAGUGGAUUUCCUUUGAAGAGGGGUCUGUCAUGCACCAAAGCUAUGACUGGAAACGUGGAGCUGACAGUCAAACUGAGCUUCAAUGAAGUGUGGUCCUGAGCACCACUUUGAUUGUUCUUUUGUUAUUCAAAUCACAGUAAUAUUUAACCAUCAGCAUAGCCACUAUUGUCUUAACAAUGAAUUUGAAAGUAUGAGUCUUUAAUUUGCUACAAGCAAUACACUUAGAGUGUGAAGGCUAAUCCCACAGCUGUCAAGAUUACUCACAGUUUAGCAGGUGCUCACCACAGGAUAUACACUGAAGUCUGGUGCAUUUCAGGAGUAGAUUUGGUCUUUAAAAAUGCAAACAGGACGACGAAUCUCAUAUCAGAGGGAACUGAUGGGAUGCAGCGCUGGAUUGCAGUAGCAGAGCUGAGACUGAAGGGGAGAGAAGGAGAGAUAGCACGAGUCCUGGAGGGCAGAGCACUUAUGCAUGGGCAUAAAUCAUAAAAUCGUUUCUCACUAUGAAACAGAUAAGGUCACUUGAGAAUACAAAUGGAUGUGCAUUUAAAUUAAAACUUGGACCGGGCAGAGGAGCUGUGGAAAAACUGUUUUGAAUCAGAGAAUGAUGGUGAUGAGCAGCAGCAGCAGAGAUGACUGAAUCACACCGUCAACACGAUUCCAAAAAAAUCUGUAAUUUGAUUUAUUUCUUAACAGACAGGAAUGUCUUUUGUCAGUCUGUUACAUGUCAGCAUGUUAUCAUUGUCAUUGGGAACAGGAUACUCUUGUUUCAUACAAGCUGAGUAAGUGAGUUAGUUAUUUAGAGCAGAUUCUCAUGUUUAGUCUUCUAUAACUCUCUGCCCUUGUCCUUUCUGCCCUCUGCAGAGAGGGUCCACUGUCUUUAGACCACCGUGUUUAAAGCUCCUGUGAGGAUUUAUUUUUACCUUUAUGAAAUGCACAGAUAGCUAUAUUAAUACUCUUUUCUUUAAGCAAAAGCAAACAAAACCAUGAGCAACAUGUACAGUCUUUAUUAUCUUUAUUUUUAAUGCCUGGAACUGCUGCAAGGGGGUAGGUGUCAUCCAAGCAUCUGAAGAAACAGCCCAGCUUUUACAACAUACACUAAAAAUGUUCACAUGAAAGGAUUUACUAGCAUGUGGGGGACAAGUAAGCACAGUCUGUUUUGUCCACAGGGGGUGCCAAAAUGAACACAGACUGAAAGUUCCUCACAGGAGCUUUAAGAGACAAAACAUGAAAGCCUUACAGUUUUAUCUCACUCUUGUCCAACCAAAUUUUCUUCAGACUUACGUUACAUCAAGUUACAUUAACAAAUGUAUAAAGAGUGAUUUUGUUAUAGUCCAAGUAAGGAACAUGUGUUUGUGUCCAUUUUGGCGCCCCCCAGUGGAUACAGUGAUUUGUUUUAUCUUUUUGUAGGUCCUGUAUGUGUAUAAUGAGUGAUUUCUGAUGUGUGUUACCAACUGAUUUAUUGUGGAAAAUGUAAAAAAAGCAGUUUUUGUUAGUCAUCUAAUCUGACACCCACCCCCUCACAGCGGUUACAGGCAUCAGAAACUGCAAUACGGGGAAUGUCAUCUUGCUGUGGAUGGUUUCAUUUGUUUUUGUAGGUCACGAAAAGCCUCGCUCUUAAUUUAAGUGUGUUUCAUAACCAGUCAAAAACUCAUCACAGGAGCUUUAAUAUUUCACAUUAUAACAUUUUCAGUCACUUAGGGGAGCAGAGACAAGCUGCGAACACGACACCAACACUUUCUCCCUUGAUAAAGUUGUUUACACCUAGUUUUUAUUAAAGCAUGGCUGAGUACAGAAAUCUGCCCUCUUAAUCUAGUUUAAAUCACAUUUUUUAUCUCAAACAGUGAAAGUUUGUUGAUCAUUGAAUGUUAAUUUUUUUCUGAUUACCAUUAAAGCUCUGAGUCCUUACUGGGAUUCGGACAUGAACUUCACAAUCGCCGUUCCGGAGCUCUGCCUCAUCCGCUUCUGUGUCCGAGACCAGACUGGCCUCCUCAGCAGUGAAUUUGUGGGUCAGUACACUCUGCCCUUCACCAGCUUGAAGAAAGGUGAGCUGCACAGACAGAAAGAUAGAGGGGGGGGGGCAAAUGGAGAACCAAAUUACAUCAGGUGACAUUGUGUGACCAUCAUUGUAUUUCCUUUCCGUGUCAGCAUUAUUGAAGGUUGUUCUCUCUCGCUGUGCUUCAGUGUUUUACCCUGAGAAUCCUCCUUUUACACGUCUUGGUGGUGUUCACAUUUUUAGCUGCUUUACAUGCGUACAUCCCUUCUCAUGUCCUUUUUCUUUUUCCACCUCCAGGCUACCGCUGGGUGCCUCUCCGGUCCCGAGACGGAUGCAGCCUGGAUCCAGCCUCCCUUUUUGUCUUUGUUUGGUGUUCCUAA